UAUUUUCCUUGCUGGAACAAGCAAACACUCAACUCCCUCGCUUUCCUUCUCUGUAUAUAAAGAGAGAGUCACCCACACCAUCACCAAACGGAAACAAACGCUUCUUCCCUCUCUCUCUCUCUUUCUCUCUCGCUCUUCUUCUCGAUUCUCUGGUAACUCGUCAACAUGUCUGUGGUACGGGCGAUUCCGGCGAAGAAGCUCAUCAACGAUCCACUCGAUGUUGUGAAUGAAUUCAUUGAAGGUCUUGUAGAGACAUAUCCUGGCCUAAACUAUCUAGAGGGAUUUCCUCAGGUGAAGGUUGUGUUUCGUGCAGAUAUUCCAUGUGGAAAAGGAACAUAUGAUAAAGUUGCAGUCAUAUCAGGGGGUGGCGGUGGCCAUGAGCCUGCUCAUGCUGGAUUUGUGGGAGAAGGAAUGCUGACAGCAGCCAUAUGUGGCGAUGUCUUUUCUUCUCCUCCUGUUGAUUCCAUUCUUGCUGGGAUACGAGCUGUAACUGGUCCUAAGGGAUGUCUUCUAAUUGUGAAGAACUAUACUGGUGACCGCUUGAACUUUGGUUUGGCUGCUGAGGAAGCAAAAACUGAAGGUUUUGACGUAGAGACUAUUUUUGUUGAGGAUGAUUGUGCUUUACCUCCACCUCGAGGGAUUGCUGGAAGAAGAGGAUUGGCAGGGACUGUUCUGGUUCAGAAGGUUGCAGGAGCUGCUGCUGCUGCUGGUCUUUCUCUCGCUGAUGUUGCUGCAGAAGCAAAGCACGCAUCUGAAGUUGUGGGGACAAUGGGUGUUGCUUUACAUCCUUGCACACUUCCUGGUAUGGGUCUAGCAGAUCGUUUGGGGCCAGAAAAGAUGGAAUAUGGCCUUGGAAUUCAUGGAGAACCUGGUGCUGCUGUGACUAAUAUUCAGCCUGUAGAUGAUGUGGUUUCUCAUGUUCUGAAGAAAAUAUUGUCUAAGGAAACAAACUAUGUUCCGAUACCUCCAGGUUCUAGAGUGGUCCUCAUGAUCAAUGGGUUAGGUGCCACUCCUUUAAUGGAACUAAUGAUUGCAGCAGGCAAAGCAGUUCCUAAGUUGCUGGUGGAGCAUGGAAUGGCUGUUGAAAGAGUUUAUACAGGAUCAUUUAUGACUUCUCUAGAUAUGCAAGGUUUCUCAAUUUCUAUCAUGCGGGCUGAUCCUUCUAUUCUCCUACGACUAGACGCCGAAACUAAAGCUCCUUACUGGCCUGUUGCAGUUGAGGGUAAUCGCCCGCCAACUAAGCUUCCUGUUCCAAUUCCACCAUCUCGAUCAGCCAAGAGUAGUGAGCCACGGAAACUGCCACUAAAACUAAAUGAGCAAGGAAAACUACUAAAGGCAGCCAUUGAAGCUGGUGCUAAUGCAAUUAUAAAUAUCAAGGACAAACUAAAUGAAUGGGACAGUGCAGUUGGUGAUGGUGACUGUGGGUCAACCAUGUUUAGAGGUGCAAAACAAAUUCUUGAGGAUAUAGAAAAUUACCCUCUGAAUGAUGCUGCUGAAACUUUCAAUGAAAUUGGAUCAUCAAUUGGAAGAUCAAUGGGCGGAACUAGUGGGAUCAUACAUACAAUUCUUUGUAAGGCAGCAUGUAUACAGUUGCAGACAAGCUCCCAUUCUGUUGUCAUGCCAAAAACAUGGGCUGAGGCACUUGCAGCUGCCAUUGCUGCUGUUAAGAAGUAUGGGAAAGCUGAGGCUGGUUAUAGAACAUUACUAGAUGCCCUUAUUCCAGCCUUGUCAACUCUUGAAAAGGAAUUAGACUCUGGUAGUGAUCCUUCCACUGCUUUUAUUAUCUCUUCUGCAGCUGCAUUAGAUGGAGCUCAGUCAACCAAGCACAUGAUAGCAAAGGCUGGGCGUGCAACUUAUGUUUCUGCAGAAAAUCAAUCAUCAGUUCCUGAUCCUGGUGCCAUGGCUGCAGCUUCAUGGUACAGUGCUGCAGCCCAUGCCGUGAAGGCAAAGAAAUACAAGCAUUAAGCUACAUACAUACAUAGCUCUUCUCGCAAUCUCCUGUAUGUGAGGAUUUACCCAUGUUUUGUUCCGAUUCUGUACACAUGUAAACAUUAGGCUCUCCGCUUAUGACUUUCCUGCAUAAAGCUGAGAGAGCAAUUGCUGAUCACUUUUGUGUAUACACCGAACUUUACUUUUUGUGUAUACGCCAAAUUUUGAAGUGGAUGUAAAUUUGAGAACACGAUGAACUACUUACAAUAAUAUCAUUCUCAAUGCGAGACUAUGAUUGUAAUUCACAUGGUUAGUUUGUUUA